AUGAUUUGCCAACAGAGUGGUAAUUCAUCUCUUUCGAAUGCAAAUAUUUCUAACUGCAUUGCAAAUUAUGGAGUUGCUUUUACAUAUUUGGAUUUAAAAAAAUCAAUAACAAAAGUUUCUUUUUGUAAUUUUGAAAGAUUAAAAGCAAAUUCAGGUAUUAUCACUCAGUUCACUUCUAGUGGCGGAAGAAUUGAAAAUUGCAAUUAUAUAAACAAUUCACAACGACUCAAUGGAAUAGUUGAAGUUAGCAAUAAAAAUCUUGAAAUUUUAAGUUGUAGUUUCGAAAAUAAUUCUGGUGGAGCUCUAUUUGCCGCUACAUCUGCACAAAUUUAUAUAUAUCAUUGUUCUAUUGAUAAAUAUUCAGAGAGUAUUUUUUCUGGAGUUAUUGAUACAUAUGAUAUGACAACAGAUCCUUUUCACAAUGGUCUGAAAUUCUAUGAACUAGGCCAAUGUGAAGGGGAAUUAACAAUCAACCACAAUAAACAAACUCCAAAACGAAAAUUAUCGGACAUUCUUCCUUACAUUUUUAUCCUUGUACGCAAAGGUAGAUAA